AUGUCAGAGAACAAAGCUCGGGCUCUUCGAGGGGAGCUCUACUAUGCCUUCACCCCAGAGUUGGUCAACGCUCGGCGGCGGUGUGGACAGGCUUGUGAACGAUACAACAACGCUGGUGAAAUCACUCGCAGACGUCAGGUACAGAUGUGGAGAGAGUGAGCAUACCCACAGCAAGCAUCCUUUUACUGCCCUAAUGCUCUCCAGCAUCGUAGGCGACAAGACGCCCUUACCUCCACCAGCAGCAACGGAAGAAGAAGACGAAGAGCUAUUUGCCGAGGACGCCUGGGUAGAACGACCUAUCCACAUCGACUACGGCACCAACGUGGAACUGGGACAGAACGUCUUCAUCAAUUUCAACUGCACAAUCCUCGAUACUUGCAAGGUACACAUCGGAGCAAGAACGCUAAUCGCAUCCGGCGUAUCGCUCUUCUCUGGAACCCAUCCCCUUGAUCCAGAAGUGAGAAAUGGCACCAAAGGCCCAGAGUUGGGUGCAGAGAUCCACAUCGAAGAAGACUGCUGGAUCGGCGGGAAUGUGACCAUCUUGCCAGGAAUCCGGAUUGGGAAAGGAUCAACCAUUGGCGCCGCCAGUGUUGUUACAAAGGUAUUUUGUCCAAGUGGGAUCGUUUUUGGCUACGACUGACAGUUUGCAGGAUGUCCCGCCAUACUCCGUGGCAGCGGGAAAUCCAGCUCGCGUCAUUCGACAGGUUCCACGCGGAACCAAGGCAGAAGAGACCAGCGGUGCGCUUGCAGCGCUCAAAAAGGAUCGAGCUGGAGGGCUGUGA